AUGGCUCACUAUGUGCGCAUGUCGAGGAAUUUUGUCAAUCUCGGCAGGCUCUACAGCGUACCGCCGUGGGGUCCGCUGCCACAACCCGUCGCAAACAAUGUCAAAAACUUUGUAAACCUUGGCAACCUCUACGUAUCGCCCCGGAGCAAGACUCCCUACGGAUGGGGCUAUUUCGAGGAUGGCUCCGUAUUCAUCAAUCCUGGCAAGUACCUCGAGCAUGACCGUUUCGAAGCAGAAAUGAAACUGCUUCAACAUUUUGUGCGCGGCCCGUCUCCGAGCAUCGAGCGGAUUAGAAGAAAAGACCCGAGCAGGAGUCGGCUCAUUGUCAUUGCAAAACCUCGGCCGUCUCCGAGAUCGUAUAACAUUCUGGCCCGCAACGCUUGUGAUGGGCAAAGAGUCGUGGUAGAGAAAGAGCCUUUCGAGAGAGUGGACUUCGAAUUAGAUGAAUCUGGCUCAUACCCGGUGUCUGCACAGUUCUCGAGCGUUCCGAAAGGACUAAGUUAUGCGCAUAGGGAAGACAUCAAAACCGCCUUAAUAACGUUUCGAGGGACUCUAGUCGAGAAUGUCCUCCAGCCCAACGUGCGCUUAGGCAACGGCCUCACGCUAUCCACAUCCACGAGGCUUCGUCGCACGCAGAUUCCCGAGCCCGAUACUGGACCGCAGAAAGCCCGCGACCGACACGUCCCCAGGCUGAAGGGAGCAUCACGCAGAGACAAGCUUCAACCGCCAAAACAGAGUUCAGUGAGAAUAUGGAAUGAGGAGCGAUCUCGGAGGAACAUGCUUCCCGUCAGCCAGACCGUCGGACCGCUUACCAACGAAAGGAUACACAUCGAGCGGGAGGCUCUGCUCAACCAGAGGGAGCAACAGCUACUCCAUUUUCAGCAGCAACUCCUCAUGGCCUCCAUGGAAGCUUUACGAACGCCACCGUCUCCAAUACGGCAGAGGAGAUCGUUUCCUCGAAGCAAACGGACAUUUCCCCCUGCUCAGCAGAAAGCGACCGAAGCUGACCGUCUGGAACAAGCCGACGCAGAAUUAAAGGCCGACCGCAAGGCCGCGGAGAUUGAAGCAAAGGAGCGAGAGCUACUACAAAGAGAGGAGAUCCUGAAGUGGAAGCAUAGGAGCUUCGUCUUACAGCAGGAGCUAGCCCAGGCAGCCGGAAGCGCUGAACUCUCCGCGCUAUCUGAUUCUACAAAAGAUAUAGCAGCGUCGAGCUCAUUCACAGGGGUGAAUCCGGUUACUGCUUCGCCGGAAGCCGCCAACACGAAUCCACCUCAGGAAGACGGUUGGCAGGACCCAUUUGCCGCAUUUGAUCCGGCUCCCCCAGACUCGCUCUCAAAAUUGAGAAGUCGGAUUAGGCUUCCUUCCAAACGCUCGAUAAAGGGACGGCACUGA